AUGCCUCCACCGCGAAACCAUUCCGACAAGCUCAAAGGCUCCCGCGUCCUCAUCAUAGGAGGCAGCAUAGGGAUAGGCGUCGGUCUGGCCUCCGCCGUGCUCGAAUUCGGUGGCCAUGUCAUUAUCUCAUCCUCCUCAGCACAGCGAAUCUCCCAAGCCAUCGAUCGCCUUCGCUCUUUACAUCCCCAUACCCGAGACGACGACGACGACGCCGCCAUCAUCGGGAUUCCUUGCGACCUCGGAAACUUCGAAACCCUGACGGAGCAAAUCACAUCUCUAUUCGCAGAAAUCGCCACGCAUCUAGGAGGCCCCAACCAACUCGACCACGUCGUCUUCACCGCCGGCGACGCCCUCCCCAUCAAACCCCUCGAAGCCUUCUCCCUCCCACAGAUCCAACAAGCCGGCAUCGUGCGCUUCUUCGCCCCCUUAGUCGUCGCACAGCAUCUCCGCCAAAACCUCCGUCCCACCUCGGGCAGCUCAUUCACUCUAACAACCGGCGGCGUCCCGCACCACUUGAUGAAGAACUGGUCCGUCGCGCAGGCGUACCUCGGCGGGAUUGAGAGCAUGGCGCGGAGACUGGCGGUGGAUCUCGCGCCGGUGAGGGUGAAUGCGAUUGGACUGGGGCCUGUUGAGACGGAGCUGUGGGGUGGGACCAAGGAGGCGGGACUGUAUGAGGAGGUGAGGGCGAGGUUUGAGAGUAAGAUGACGACGGGGAGGGUGGGUGAGGUGGGGGAUGUGGUGGAGGCGUAUUUGUAUGUUUUGAGGGAUUGGAAUGUUUCUGGGAGUAUUAUUCGGAGUCAUGGGGGGACGAUUUUGUUGUGA